AUGAGAAGCUUCAUGCAUGUCGCCCUGUAUAUGCUUGUGCUUAAUUUCUGCAUCUGCCUCAUAAGAGCCAAUGAGGAACAAGAUAACCCAAAUGUGCCCGUUGACGUGACACCGCAAAAUUCAAAUCUGAGGCACAGCAGUAAGGGCACCAAUAACUUAGGGAAAAAGAAAGCAGGCAAAAUAACAACCCAAGACAGUAUAUCCAAAAAGGGAUCAGCGGACAAUAGCAAAAUAAAGAAGUUUAAGAAAAUAUAUUAUAGCAUCCCCGAUUUUAAUAACAAGGAUAUAAGCAGCAUUGACAAGGGUCAUCAGAGCCUACCGAACCAAGGCACGAAAGUAACCCCACAAAAAGUAAUAAAUAAAAAGGAAAAGUGGGGAAAAAAAAGUAGUGAUGGUCAAACGAAUCCAAAAUGGAAGACACAGGUAUAUGAUAACAAUAGAUGGACGGGGAAGAGGAAUAAGGUUGUGGAACAGGGGGGGAAAUCAAAUAAAAAUGAAAAGAGUACACAACAAGCAAGUACAAUACAAGAAAAGGGUGUAACCAUGCCGAUAGGGGGAGAGCAGAUACAUGAGACAGGUGAAUUGCAUGUGCCAAAUGCAGAACAGGGAGUAGCACAAGUUGAUGUGAAUGGCCCCAAUGAAGGAGGCACGUCAGACAAGUCCAUCAAUUAUGGAAAAAACGAAUCUGAGAAUUCAAACCCACAAGUAACCCAUCAACAUGCUUUGCCAACGGAGAUGCCAAUCCAAAAGGGGGAAGGAACGACCCAGUGGAACACCAAAGGGAUAGAUGCACCAGGAUACUCGAAUGGUGUAGAACCCGUGGAGGGAUCGAAAACGCCAAUCACCACAUCGGGUCUUGAAAGCGAAUUGGAUCCUUCGCACAUUUCGGAGGGGGAUCCAAAACGGGAACAAGUAGAAGGAGGAAAGAGUGGAGAUAUGAAAAAUGAGACAUCAAAGGAAGAAAAAAAAUCUCCAAGUGGGAUAGAGGAGGAAGAGGAAGAAGAAGAAGUGGAAAUAGAAGAAAAAGGAGUUAAUCAGGAUGGAAAUAAAAAGGACGGCUCUUCAAAAAAAGACAUAGCACAACUCUUUCGUGAGCGUAUGGGCAUUGCGUCUUUAGUAGAAAACAUUAAGAGUAAUGACAAGUUACAAAAAAUGUCUGACGAUCUGGUGAAAUUUGCGGUCAAAGCAUAUGAUGGCUUUCUCGUGUUCAUCGAGCAAAUGAAGACUUUCGCGAACAACUUCAUGCAGAUUUUUCAUAACCUUUGA